UCAUCCUUCCACACAGCCUUUACAAAAUAUCCCUCCAAAGUGGGAGUUUUGAAUGAGAAGACUCAAAAGCGCGCAACUGGUUAAUAUGGUCCCCAACCAUGUGGGAUGGUGGUUGCCGAUAGGCCCACCACCGCCACUCCAGGGCCCAGGCUCAACGAAUCGUCGUUAUUUCCACUCUCCUUUCACGCCACGGCACGUGCCACACUUGUCUCCAAACUGUUCAAAAUUCAAAAAUAAAGAAUUUCUCUCGCCUCCUCCUCCUCCUCUGAUUCAGGAGUCCUCAUCUUUUUUACUCUUCCUUUUGAAUCUUGUCGAAAACCAAAACUAAAGAAAAAAACCCGAUUGAGAUCCGAUUAAGUGUUAAUUGGGUGAUCGGGUGCAUAGCAUUUUCUUUAUUAAUUUCAUUCCAAGGAAGGACAUAGAAAGGGAAGCUUUGAAUCGAAGCAUCGAAGUUUUUUUUUUUUUUAAAUUUUUAUUACAGUAUAAAUAAUUGACUGAGGGGAGAGAGUUAGGAGAUGAACGGAAUGGGUAGACAGGGGCAGAGAUCUGGUGCGGCAGGAGUGCAGGUGCACCAUCAGAGACAAUACUCAGAUAACUUCUUGGAAACGACGUCGAAUGGUAGAUGGCUUCAGUCUGCUGGUCUUCAGCAUCUUCACUCUUCUAACAACUCUAUUCCUCCUCUUCAGGAUUGUGAGUUUUUUGGCGGUGGAGGAGGACAAGGGUCUAGAAUGUAUAGGAAUUUGCAGAGGGGUUUUAAUACGGGGAAUAACUUUUUCACGGAUCCUACCACUCCUCCAUUUAGUUCACGGCCAUCAAGCCAGAGUAAGAGUGGUGAAGACUCGCCCAAUGAGCUCAGUCCUGGUCUCUUGGAUCUGCAUUCUUUUGAUACAGAGCUUCUGCCUGAGAUGCUGGUUCCCAACCUGUAUGAUGGUCCUUCUCUCUAUCAUCAUAUUCGAGGCAGAAGCUUUGAUGACUUUGAACCCUAUAUUUCAAACAAGAAACAAACAGGAAGAGCUAGUGGUGUGCCAGAGAAUAGCCUCCUCAAAAGCUUUGCUGCAGAUAGAGAGAAGGUCAAUUCAGUUGCUAAGAUCAAAGUCGUGGUGCGCAAGAGACCUCUCAAUAAAAAGGAGUUAGCAAAGAAUGAGGAAGAUAUCAUAGAGACACUUUCCAAUUCCCUAGUAGUCCAUGAGACUAAACUUAAGGUUGACCUAACAGAAUACAUGGAGAAGCAUGAAUUUGUUUUUGAUGCCGUGCUAAAUGAGGAGGUCUCAAAUGAUGAGGUCUAUCGGGAGACUGUGGAGCCUAUAGUUCCUAUAAUUUUUCAGCGCACUAAAGCGACUUGUUUUGCAUAUGGUCAAACAGGAAGCGGAAAAACCUAUACUAUGAAGCCCCUUCCCCUUAAAGCUUCUCGGGAUAUCUUGAGGUUGAUGCACCAUACCUACAGGAACCAAGGGUUUCAGUUGUUUGUGAGCUUCUUUGAGAUAUAUGGAGGAAAAUUAUUUGAUCUCCUUAGUGAUAGGAAAAAACUUUGCAUGCGGGAGGAUGGUAAGCAGCAAGUUUGCAUUGUGGGUCUGCAAGAGUACAGAGUAUCAGAUGUGGAGACUAUUAAGGAGCUCAUUGAGAAAGGAAGUGCCACAAGAAGUACUGGUACCACAGGUGCAAAUGAGGAAUCCUCCCGUUCUCAUGCCAUUCUUCAGCUUGCUAUCAAGAAAUCUGUUGAUGGCAAGCCUCCCCGAGUUGUUGGCAAGCUCUCCUUUAUAGAUCUGGCUGGAAGUGAACGAGGUGCAGAUACUACGGAUAAUGAUAAGCAGACAAGAAUGGAAGGUGCAGAGAUCAACAAGAGCUUGCUUGCUUUGAAGGAGUGCAUAAGAGCACUUGACAAUGAUCAGGGUCACAUUCCUUUCAGAGGCAGUAAACUGACAGAGGUUCUACGGGACUCGUUUAUGGGAAAUUCACGUACUGUUAUGAUAUCUUGUAUUUCACCAAGCUCAGGGUCAUGUGAACACACUCUGAACACCUUAAGAUAUGCUGAUAGGGUGAAGAGCCUUUCAAAGGGGGGAAAUACUAAGAAGGAUGUAUUAUCCUCCACCUUAAACCUGAAAGAAUCAACUGCUCAGCCCCUAUCUUCGGUUUUGCCAAUUUCAUCAACCUAUGAGGAUAAUAUUAACAAUCCAUGGCCUGAGCAAAAUGAAAGAGAUGAUUUUGAUGCAUCAGAAGAUUCCUAUGAGCAGGAAAAACUGAUGGGGAAGAAAAAUGGGAAGCCAGAUCAAUACAGUUUUUCUAAUUUGGAGGACAAGUUACGGAAGCCUAAUGGUCAGACCAAAUGGAAGGAACCACUAAGAUAUGAUUUUAAGCAUUCGAAAUCUGAUGAUGAUUUGAAUGCCCUCCUACAGGAAGAGGAGGAUCUUGUAAAUGCUCACAGAAAACAAGUGGAGGAGACUAUGAAUAUCGUCAAAGAGGAGAUGAACCUGCUGGUUGAAGCAGACCAACCUGGGAACCAGCUGGACGAUUAUAUAUCGAGAUUAAAUGUUAUUCUUUCUCAGAAGGCUGCUGCCAUCAUGCAGUUACAAACUCGUUUGGCUCAUUUCCAGAAGCGCUUAAAGGAGCAUAACGUUUUAGUAUCUUCUUCUGGCUCUUGAUUAUGGGAUGAAGAUAGAAAGUCAAACUAUGAAUUUGACUUCUCCCAAAACACAUUGCUAGAUUGACCUAAUCAUGGGUUUGGGUAUGGCUUUUUUUUUUUUUUUUUGGGUGAUUUUUAAGGGAGAGUAUAUCUGAAUUUGGUUUUGCAGCAGUUUGCCGGAUGAUAUUCACCUGCAUUGCUGCAAGGGAUGAACCCGCCCUCUCUCUCUUCUCCAUCAUGUUAUUUAUUUAUUUUUGUUUGUUUGUUCUUCAACAAGCAAUAGGCAAAGCAAGUAAUGGAUUUACAUAUCCUUUGGUAUGCUAUUGUAAAGUUCUGCAGAUUGUAAUUGGUUUCAUUAUUUCCAAUAUGUCCCAGACUAUUCAAUGUUUCAUUUACAGAAAAAAAAAAUCAUAAUUGGUCAUAAAACAGUUAUCUUGAUGGAUUAUGAAAUCGACGGCUAUGAUCAUUUC